AUGAUCUUUAAUUUCAGUAAUGACGACAAGACUGAACUCCUCAUCAUUGGUUCAUCACAACAGCUGGAAAAGCUAGAUAAUAUCACUAUACGUGUGGGUGACUCAGAUAUUCAUCCCGUGCCACUCGCGAGAAAUCUUGGUUGUUGGUUUGAUUCUAGGCUGUCCAUCGGCAUCACACAUCACAAAAAUCUGUGGCUCUUCAUUUUACUAUAUUUAUAAUAUUCGUCGGAUCAGAAAGUAUCUUUCACGGCAGUCAACUCAGAUACUUGUCCAUGCAUUCAUAACGAGUCACCUUGACUAUUGCAAUGGUCUUUUAUAUGGACUACCAGACUCCCUGUUGAAUAAAUUGCAACGAGUACAGAGCGCUUGCGCCAGACUGAUUUUUAGAGAGCAGAAAUUUUGUCAUGUAACGUCUCUUAUUUAUGAAUUACACUGGUUACCGAUUAUUUUAUAAAUAUAGAAUCGAGUUUAAAAUACUUUUAAUUACUUUAAGAUUCUUAUUUUUUUUAGCGCCUACUUAUUUAUCGUCUCUCAUUUCUCUUAGGCUCCGAUCUAAAUAUAAUCUAAGGAAUUCUAGUGAUAACCUUUUACUUAGUUAUCCACGUUUUAAAUCUAAAGCUACACUAGGUGAUCAUUCUUUUACCUGUGCUGCACCGAAACUGUGGAAUGCGUUACCAUUUGACAUCAGAAGCGCCAGCACAGUUAGUAUUUUUAAAGCCGAGCUAAAAACUCACCUUUUCCGUCAUGUAUUGUUAUCAUAA